CGCCAACAUCUUCUCCCUCCCGUCCUUAAAGAUCCUCCUUGCCCUUCCUAUUGUCACCCCUUCACCCCUCCCCCCUAGCCCCCCCUACCCCUCCCAUCCCACCAGAGAAUGACGCUUCCGAAACUCUAAAAAAAAGACGCGAACUACCGGCCGAACUUCCACCAAGGCUCUUCCGAUUCUGUCCCAUUGUGCCUCAACCAUUGUGCACCCGCACCAUUUGAGGUGAAGCACUGCUUCAUCAUGGCGGCAACUCGCUCCAUGGAGUCUCGCACUGGCAGAAACAAGCAACGCUACGGCGACGCUGGGGAGCGUCUUGUUGCGGGAGUUGUGCCUCUGAACCAAGCAAGAACCCACGUCCUUCUCAUUCAGUCUACUCAGCGAGUCGGGUGGGUUCUUCCCAAGGGCGGGUGGGAGACCGAUGAGACCUGUACGGAAGCAGCGCAGCGCGAGGCAUGGGAAGAGGCCGGGAUCGUGUGCAACAUCGAUUAUGACCUGGGACAGGUCACCGAAGCUAGGACGCCAAAGCAGAUUUCGAAGGGCGCGCCUAAAUCGCUCUACCAAUUCUACGAAGUCACGGUGACAAGGGAAGAGAGCGACUGGCCAGAACGGCACAAGAGGAAUCGAAAAUGGGCCACAUAUGCCGAAGCAAGAGAAGCCAUGCAGACUCGUCCGGAAUUGUUAGAAGCUCUCGAGCGCAGCACCAUUCUGCGAUAGCCCUGCGGGCCCGGCGUUCUGUUCCUAUCAUAUGGCCGUGUAGUCCAACCUUCGCGCCGAAAUCGAAGCGGUACGGCGUCGAGUACGCACCAGCCAACUAUAUGAUUGGGAGACAUGGAUUCCGGGUUCGAAAAGAAAGAAAAAAAAGAAAAAAGAAAAAUACAAACAGUAUCAUGUUGUGUGGUUCCGGCCAGCUUUUGGUUUCAGGUCACAAGAGGCAUAGGUUGGGCGGGCUUGCUUGCUUUCUUCUUUACACAUCUUUGCUUCCUUCAUCAGCACUAGAAGACAAUCAAGUCGGAUCGUGCUCCUGAACAAUUCCAUUUCCUUUAAUUGACCCGGAGCUGA